CCAUGAAUUCUCACUGCAUGCGAAGCGAACUAGCUAGUACACCUAUAUAUCACAGUGUGUGUGCAAAGCAAUGGCCUCUGGAGUGUUUGGUACCCCCAUUUCAGCGCAGACGGUGAUAGCCACUGGAGAGUAUAAGGAACCCAUUACCCAAAAAGAUGUUGCAGACUAUGCCAUGAAGAUGAUCAACGCCGGUGGUAAGGAUGUUAACGCGCAAAAGUUCGUCGACAACCUCAAGGAGAGGUACGGUAACGGAAUAGCUGUAAAAUGCCUCCUCUACAAUGCCACUGGUGCCACUUUGAACUUUGCUAAGUACAACGAUUGGCACGGCCAUAUCUAUGAUACACCCUACCCAUCAGAUAUUCAGAAUGGGCAAUGGGGUGCAUUCCUCCACGUCCACCCAAGUGGAGCUGCCGCUGGUUCAGCUGGUGCCGUUGUGUAUCGUAGCAAGAUCCCCUCCAGCAGCAGCUCCUGCGAUUGGUUGUUCUCUUGGACCGUCCCCUACAUUGGUGGCAACGGGGUGUACACUGAAAUCCGCGAGGAAGGGCACUACCCAAGUGUGGGAAGCUGGGAUUAUAUCUACAAUGUGAAGCUGAAAAAUUCAAGUGUCACCUCUAUUGAUAGCAACUAUGGAUACGUUUCCAAGGCUGACAUCGGUGAAGGCACUACCAUGAACGCACGUGGAGUUUUCGAGUUUCCCUACUAGAUCUCGUUGCAAGCAGCGAGUUGUUAUUGUGGUCUUCAAGUCUUGUGUGGCGUCCAUGUACGCUUGUGUAGUUUUUUUCUUUACUGUCUUUAUGGUGCAUUUUUAUAGAUCUGAUGAUCCACGAAUAAGCGAAGGAAGAUGGGGACCAAAGAGAUGUACCGUGUAAUUGUAUUUUAUUUUACAUGUCGUUGUGUAUCAAGUUGUCCUUCUUUUGUAUCGGUUACCUUUUUACUUAAUAAUUAAAGAUAUAAAGCACUCUUGUGAGCGUA